AGCAAAUCAAUUUUUUGAAGGACUAGGGAGAAAAAAUUAUGUUUAUACCCUUACUAGAAACUCAAAUUUACAAAAAUACCAUCUUUAUGACUUGAUCCUUCCCUCUUCUUUUUCACGCGAAACCCUUUCCUUUGUUCUCUCUGCUGACUCACCGCCGUUCGCCCAUCCACCGCCGGCCAUCUCCGGACACAUCCGUAAAACUGUUAUAAUCAUAAUGCCACUGCCGAUGCGAAUUCGAUUGCCACUACUCCAUUACUCCACAACAACAACUCUUCGCCUUUCAUCCUCUUCACUCGCUCUGCCAUUUUUGCACCAACGACGAAGUUUCUCUUAUGUCUCCAGUGAUGAUUCCGACCUUGAAUCCGACUCUACUCACUCUCAACGAAAAUUCAUCAGCAACACACCUUUGGCAAAUCCGAACAAUAAGUGCUUAACAAAAGCCCCAACGUUGGAUGAAUCGCUUAGUCUCUUCUACAAGCUUGACCCAUCUUCCAAAAGUGCACGAAUUUGCAACCCACUGUUGAAGAGUUUGCUCAAAUUGGGUCGUACUGAUGAUGCCCGCCACCUGCUCGAUCAAAUGCUUCAACCGGAUUCUAAGUUUCCUCCUGAUGAUUUCACUGGUGAAAUUGUUUUUGGUGACUUGGUGAAGAGGGACCGCCCCGGAAAUGGCCUUGCUGAUGAGGAAAUUGUUGGGUUGGUUACUAAGCUUGGUGAACGUGGAGUUUUUCCUGAUACGUUUAAGCUUACUCAGUUGAUAUCCAAACUGUGUGGGAACCGGAAGAACGGUCUAGCGUGGGAUAUUUUGCAUAAUGUGAUGAAAUUGGGUGGUGCAGUUGAAGCUGCAUCUUGCAAUGCUUUGUUAACAGGGCUGGGAAGGGAAAGAGAAAUUAAGAAGAUGAAUAAACUGUUGGCAGAGAUGGAAGAAAAGAAGAUACAUCCCAGUGUCGUAACUUUUGGGAUUCUUAUUAAUAAUUUGUGCAAGGCUAGGAGGAUCAAUGAUGCGCUGGUGGUGUUUGAUAAACUGAGAGGUAAGGGAGAAAAGAGUUGGAUUGGUGUUGAACCUGAUGUGGUUUUGUAUAACACUUUGAUUAAUGGACUUUGUAAAGUUGGGAGGGAAGAAGAUGGUUUGAGUUUGUUGGAAGAGAUGAAAACUGAUAUGAAAAAUAAGCCAAACGCUGUUACAUAUAAUUGCUUGAUUGAUGGGUUCUGCAAAAUUGGCAACAUUGAUAAAGCACGUGAGCUAUUCGGUCUGAUGAAAGAGGAACAAGUACAGCCAAAUGUGGUCACCCUUAAUACAUUGGUUGAUGGUAUGUGCAAAACUGGAAAGGUCUAUAGUGCAGUUGAGUUUUUCAAUGAGAUGAAAGGCAAGGGCCUGAAAGGAAAUGCUGUUACUUACACUGCGCUGAUAUCUGCCUUCUGUGGUGUGAACAAUAUUGAUAAAGCCAUGCAAUAUUUUGAUGAGAUGUUGAGUUCUGGAUGCUCACCUGAUGCAAUUGUUUACUAUAGUUUGAUAUCUGGUUUAAGCAUUGCUGGAAGGAUGGAUGAUGCCAGUGUUGUUGUGUCACAAUUGAAACGGGCUGGGUUUGGUCUUGAUAGAGAAUGCUACAAUGUUCUCAUCAGUGGAUUCUGCAAGAAGAAGAAGCUGGAACGAGUUUAUGAAAUGCUCAACGAAAUGGAAAAAACUGGAGUUAAGCCUGAUAUUGUCACCUAUAACACUUUAGUUUCUUAUCUUGGCAAAGCUGGAGAUUUUGCAAGUGCUACUAAGGUGAUGAAAAAGAUGAUUAAAGAGGGUCUUAAGCCCUCUGUUGUCACAUAUGGGGCAGUUAUACAUGCAUAUUGUUUAAAGAAGAAUGUUGAUGAGGCCAUGAAGAUUUUUGAGGAAAUGUGCUCUACAUCUAUGGUUCCUCCCAACACUGUGAUAUACAACAUUUUAAUAGACGCUCUGUGCAAAAAUAACAAUGUUGAAAGGGCUGUUUCUUUGAUGGGUGACAUGAAAGUAAAGGGGGUUCGGCCUAAUACAACCACAUAUAAUGCUGUUCUGAAGGGGGUUCGGGAUAAGAGAAUGCUGGACAAAGGAUUUGAACUUAUGGACAGAAUGGUGGAAGAUGCUUGCAGUCCUGACUAUGUAACCAUGGAGAUUCUUACUGAAUGGCUUUCUGCUAUUGGUGAAAUAGAAAAACUGAAACUUUUUGUCGAAGGAUAUCGGGUUUCCUCUAAUCCAUCAUCACUUCAAACUUAAAUAUGUUAGUAGUAGGUUUGAACUAAGUCAAAAUGAUUAGCUUUUAAUUGUCAAAGCUCCAAAUUUUUGUAUUAUUUUUAGCUCAUUUUGAAACCAUUAUAGUUGAAUCAAAACAUGAAUUGUACAUGUAAAUUUAUAAUUUAUGCCUGUUUAAUUUAUUGUCGUCGUGAUUUUGUUACAUUUUCAAGUAGGUUUUAAAUGGAGGAGUACUCCUAGAAUAAAUUCAUGGUUGGCAGCCUGA